UAUAAUUCACCGCCUCUACCUCCAUUAAAUUUAUUUGUAAGCAUCCAUCAUAUGCCCACCUAUAGCUUAACAGAAAAGAUCUUAUACCCCUUUUCCGUUCUGUUCUGUUCUUUGUUUUUAUUUUUGUUUGGUUUCAACAACGGCGUGUGGACAUAAAACACUUAUUGAGAAAACAGUGCGAGAAUUCUCAUUCAAUCAUUGCCCUUAUCAACUUUUUUUUUUCCCACCAGCUCCAUUAUAGUUGUCGUUCUAAUUUCAUAGCUUAUAAGCAAAGAACACUUCAAAAAAACUUUUUAUUAUUAUUAUUUCGUUGUCUUGUAAUCUUCAAACGCUUUUGGUGACUAAUUCACAGCUUUUACUUACACACUCGUCACUCUUUACUAGUUUCUGCUCUGUUUUCAUGGAGUUGAUGAGAAUUUUUAGCUAUGCUUCGAUUAUUCUUUCGAUUUCAGUUUAUUUGCUUCCAAUUAUGGUUAAUUCGAUUGGGAUCAAUUACGGGCAAAUAGCAGACAAUCUUCCUUCCCCUGAAAACGUAGUGCCGCUCGUGAAAUCUAUUGGGGUCACCAAAGUUAAACUUUACGAUGCAGAUCCGAGAGUGCUCGGCGCAUUCGCCAACUCCGGCGUUGAAUUCAUGAUCGGAUUAGGCAACGGGGACUUGGAGAAGAUGAGAGACCCGAACAAUGCUCAAGAUUGGGUUAAACAAAACGUGCAAGCCCAUUUACCGGACACGAAAAUCACCUGUAUCUUUGUCGGAAACGAGGUUCUCACUUUCAACGACACUAAUCUUUCCGAUAACCUCGUCCCGGCCAUGCAAAGCGUUCAUACGGCACUUGUAAACCUCGGGCUCGACAAACAGGUGACAGUAACCACAGCGCAUUCUUUAGGCAUACUACAAACCUCUUUUCCGCCGUCAGCCGGAGCUUUCCGUGAGGAUUUAGUCGAUAUUUUGAGCCAAACAUUGAGCUUUCAUCAAAAAACAGGGUCACCUUUUUUGAUCAAUGCGUAUCCGUUCUUUGCUUAUAAAGGAAACCCGAAGCAAGUUUCGUUGGAUUUUGUUCUGUUUCAACCAAACCAAGGGAUAAUCGAUCCAACAACGAAUUUACACUACGACAACAUGUUAUACGCUCAAAUCGAUGCCGUUUACUCAGCUUUAGCUUCGUUGGGUUACAAGAAACUCCCAGUUCAUAUAUCAGAAACAGGGUGGCCAACAAAGGGAGAUGAAGACGAAGCUGGGGCUACACCCGAUAAUGCAAAGAAAUACAAUGGGAAUUUGAUUAAAUUGAUGUCUCAAAACGCAGGGACUCCAUUGAGACCGGAUUCGGAUCUUAAUAUAUAUGUUUUUGCUUUGUUUAAUGAGAAUAUGAAACCAGGUCCAACUUCAGAGAGGAAUUAUGGGUUAUUUAAGCCUGAUGGAACACCGGCCUAUGCUCUUGGUGUUACUAAUAACAAUACCGGCAGUGGAAGUAUCGGGAAUGGGGUGACGAUGCCGUUUUCUCCGACGAGUUCAUCAACUGGUUAUUUGUCUAUUUCUUCAGCGACGGGAAGACGUAAGUUCGUGGGACAUGCGUUGAUGAUGGCGUCACUGUUGUUGAUUAAAACGUUGGUGUAGUAAUUCAAAGCUUUCGAAAGGUCUUUUUAUCAGAUAUUAAGGGGAAAAGGGGGAAUGAACGGCAUCAACUUGGUUGUUAGAGAAAGGGAUGUUAGGUUUGGUGAUUGAGAGAGAGGGACUGCAGGCUGUUUUUGAUUACUAGUAUAGAUUAUGGUUUCAUUCUUCCUUUUGGUUAUAGUUUUACAGGAUGUACUGUCAUUCAGGGUUUUCUUAUUUACGUAUUUAGAAUUUGAUUCCAUACAUCAGAAUAAUAAUAUUAAAGUGAUUAAAAUAAAAGUAAUGAAUUUAUCAUCA